UUGGUUUGUAGCUGUAUGGGAGUGGAGAAGGUGAUGGUAUUCUUCAAGUUGGGCCUUACUUAACUUUCAUUUAUUUUGUUUUUCCGUAUUUUUUGUGUUGUUGUUUUAAGUUUUGUGUUUUUCCAAAAUGCCACAACCAACGGAUAACUUGCCUCCUUCACAGCAUUGUUUGGCGCGAGCUUUGUACGAUAAUAUCCCGGAUUCACCUGACGAGCUCGCAUUUCGUAAAGGGGAUACUUUAAUCGUCCUGGAACAGAAUACGGCAAAUAUCGAAGGGUGGUGGUUGUGCUCUCUGCGAGGUAGACAGGGUAUUUGCCCGGCUAAUAGACUUCGGCUGAUACCAGGAGUGUACGAAGACACUGGACAGACGAGAGUUUGUUCACCGCAGUUAACAGAAAUAUCCGGCGAUUUUAGCUGUCUUCAAAGACAGGGAAAAAGAAGAAGUUGGCAUGUGCAACCAAACCAGGUGGUGACUCCUAAGAAAUACAACGACGUGUACUUAUACGACAUGCCCCCAUCUCGCUGCUCCCCCAGCCCCGGUUUCAGCCCCCACGUGAACGACUGCUACGACGUGCCCCCUCGCGCUAUUCCCGUGACUUGCACGCGAUGCUCUCCUGCACCUUCCUGCGUUUCUCCCAUAAAUCGCGACGUCGGCGAAGCCUACGACAUCCCUCGCUCAAUCCUCAGCCAACCCAGCCCCAUUAGUCCCUCAAGCUCGGCCAGUUCCCUCACAGCGGACUCCCUCAGUUCCUCAAAUCGGAGCAGUUUGGUCAACAUGCCCGAUUACGACGUGCCAAGACCCCUCAAUAAACCCCAACUGUUCCCUCAUCCUCACGACAUCCUCACAUCCCAAAAUUUGAAAGAACUCCCUUUGGAGCUAAAUUCGGCUUUGGAAAACUUAGAGAGGCUACAGUCUGACACCACGAGUUCCAUUUCCAAAUUGUUGGGGUUUGUGGGGCCCCAAUGGCGGACGCGGGAAAAACUCGAGAGCAACUUGAUGGAAAUAAAACUCGCAGUGACUAGAUUGAGGACUUCGUUGCAUGACCUAGCGGAGUUCGGGGAAGGCACCCUAGGGAAUGCCACGAGAGCCUCCGAUAAGAACCUCGCGAGUAAAUUAGCCCCUCUAGUAGUAGCCUUAAAAAAAUCCGAUUCUUUAGUAUGCGAAGCAACGGAAAAGUUAAAUGAACAAAGAUGGUCUCUUGAUUUGUUAUCACGCUUCGACGACGAUGAAAAAACCCGAAAACCCGACGAACUCGAGCAGUUAGUGGCGUGCUCGCGAGCCCUCACCGAAGACAUCCGCCAAAUCGCCUCCUUCAUCCAAGGCAACGGCUUGCUCCUCUUCAAACGCGAGCCCCAAGUCAACAACAACAACGAGUGGCUCGAGGACUACGACUACGUCAGUCUCGACUCGAAGGAGGCCGUAGCGAAGAAGCACGCCGAGAUCCGAGAAGCCCUCCCCAAAGAGCUCAAAAAGACUUACGACCAUUUGGUUAAACACGCAGACGAUGUCGCUUUCGAUAGUGAGCACAAAACAGGCCUGGAUUCGGACGAUAAACAACUUUUGAGUUUCUUUGCAACCCAAUUAGUAACACACCAUAGAAAUUUAACACAAGCCAUUGAUGCGUUUUUGCAAACUGUUGAACAUAAUCAACCCCCGAAGGUGUUUCUCGCUCACGGGAAAUUCGUCGUUUUAAGUGCUCACAAAUUGGUUCAUAUUGGUGAUACGGUUCAUAGGAAUGUCUCCUGCAAGGAAAUUAAAGAACGAGCCUUGAAUUGUGCCAAUUCUUUGGCGGAUGCGCUAGCCACUAGUGUAAAUAAGACCAAACAAGCAGCUUUACAAUUCCCUAAUGUCACUGCGGUGCAAGAAAUGGUCGAUUCGAUUGUCGAUAUUUCCUACUCUGCACGGGACCUUAAAGUAUGUUUAGUGCAAGCUGCAAAUCCAAUGUAGUUUUUUUUGACUGAUUUAGGUGUACAUUUUAUUUAUAGUUUCACUAAAUUUACAAGAAAUUACCACCGAGGAUUUGAACUUUUAGGGAAAUUACGUUUUUCAUGUUGUUUCUAACUAGAAUUUUCAGUGUUGGUUACCCCUAAAUUUUGACACCAGAAACCAACCUAACCAAAUUUAUGGCCCUAAAUCCUAGGGAGUAAUUUCUUGUUGAUACGAAACAGUAUUCACUAUUCGAGCUCAUGGCAGAGCCAAAAAAUACAGUUUUCUUUCUGUUUCACAUUUUUCCUUGUACAAAAUAUAUUCCACUUCCGCCACCA